UCGAUUCAGGCUGUCGGUUCGGUUUUGCUUUGAUUGCCUAGAGAAAAAUCUAAUCAUAUCCGAGAGCCAGGUUCAAGUUCUGCUCGUCGACCUCCAAAUGCCGCUACUCAACACAGGCCAAUCGACAGUCCGACACGCAGCACGAUGGGCGGCGCGCUAGACGAUCGCUAGGCCUAACGCUCGAACGGACUCUGACGGCCGCGCCAGGCGCAGCUGGGUCUACUGACAUCAUUUUGUCUGGAGCACAGCAAAAGCAUUGUACUGGGCAGGUGCGACGAAAUACGGAGGUAAGCAAACUGGGCACUGUGUAAAAAAAGGACCCCGAGCAAGAUACGCGUAUCUAAAGCGAGACCGGAUUCUAUCAAGAGUGCCAGUUGCCCAGCAGGUCAGGACAAGACAGUGUUUAAAUUCCUACACCUGUUAUGGCUAUGAGGUCUCAGUGCUAAAUAUAAACGCUGAGAACGAACAUCAAGGGUGCGAUUGAUCAGAACCCUACCAUAGGGGCGGCGACGUAUAGAACAUAUAAAGACAGGAACCCGAUUGACCAAACUGACCCGCGCAGAUCGAAGGCUCUGCAGAGACCGAUUUCGUGCAGCCACGGCUGCUAGCCUGACACUGAACGACACGCAAGGAGCACCGCAAGGAACGCGUCAUGGCCCAGAACGCAGCGGACCAGGAAGAAGGCAGCUCGGCCAGCGAAACCGAGCUCGAGUUCGUCACCGCCGACUUCGCUGAACUCUGCAUGGUCGGCUUCGGGCUCGUCUCCCUCGUAGCCCUGGUGGCCGGGCUCGCCUGGUAUCUGAUCUUCUACGUUCCCGCCGAGGACGCCGGCGGUCGGCGGGGAGUCAACUACACGCGGCUGCUCGAGGAGUCCAUCACUCGGUCCGUGGCGCCGUGCGACAAUUUCUACCGGUUCGUUUGCACCGGCUGGAUUCGAGACCACAGCAGGGGCCAGCACCGCAGCGUCGCCGACUCGGUGCAGCGCGAAGCGCUGCUUGACGCCAGAGACGCGUUCGUAGAGGCCGCCAGGAAUCAUCGGCGACGACGAUCGACCGGUAGAACCUCAUCGCGCGAGGUCUCCUCGGAAAUAGAGAAUACCGAUGAGACGCGCCGAAACGUGGAAGGUCGUCUUCUACAAGACCACCGCCACCACCGGAUGCCACCGACGUCGUCGUCUGCGCAGCAGAAGACGCCGAUGAGGGGCUCAGCUGUUCUCAAAGCGGCGUCCCUGUUCGAGUCGUGCAAGGAAUUGGUGGCCAAGAAGAAGUCCGAGACGAUGAAGUUGGCCGAGUUCAUGAAAACCUACACCAAGUUUCCCGCUGUCGAACCGCAGGACGCGGCCGAUGCCGUGGCCGCGACCAUCGAGCUUUCGCUCACCUGGCGCAUCGACACGAUGUUCAUCGUGAACGUCUUCGCCGACCUGGACGAAGGCGGUCGACCCACUGUCGAGAUCGCCGAAAACGUCGAGCUGUUCCAGUGGCUCCGCCGGCGCAACGUGCUCAAGGACUCGGGAAAGCUGGAGGAGUUCUUCCUCAGCCACCUCCAGGCGCUUCCGGGCUUCCGGUCUUCGCGGGACGAGUACCUAUUGACCGACAUAGCCGACGCCGACUCGCAGGUCAUUCCUUCGCUGCGGACGGACGAAGUGCUGCCGGACGACCCCACGUACCGUAACCUGUCGGAACUGAUACCUGGCGUCGCAGGCCAGACGUGGGUCGACGAAAUCAACAGGCAGACGGAGCCGUACUUCAAGGUGGAGGCCGAUCAUAGGCUCAGGCUGGAAAACGUCCACUACCUGCACCAAGUCGGCAGAAUCCUCAACUACAGGGGAAAGCCGCUGCUCGUGCCCAUGUUCGUCGGCUGGACUGUGCUUCGCCAGCUCGCUCCGCGCGCGUCCUACAAGGCGGCCACCUUCUUCCACAAGGACAGUUACGUCGACGCCUGUUUCAGUUACGUGGCCGAAGCGAUGCCCCUGGCGACCAGCUAUCCUUACUUGAGCAAGCUACCCACGGCCCGGAUGGAGGCGGUCGCCAGGACCAUGGUCAAGGACGUCAGGCGCGAGCUCGCGGCCAUCUUCGUCAACGUCCCCUGGAUGGACAACGUUACGCGCGCCGCGGCCGGCGACAAGCUGGCCGCCAUGGCCGAGGUCCUAGUCAAGCCGGCGUUCCUCGUCGACGAAGGCGCGCUAGACCAGCACUACGCCAACUUCUCGACUCACGGCGACUACCUGACGGCGUCGCUGCAGACCGCCAGGUCCUCGACCAGGCUCGUCAUGGCGACGCUGUCCUCGUACCGAGACGGCGGCGGGAACAGCGUCGGCAUCGAGGAACUCGGAUUCCCGCCACUGACGGUGAACGCCCUGUACGACAGGGCGCUGAAUGCCAUGGUCAUUCCGGCCGGCAUCAUGAGGCCUCCGUACCUGGAUGACGGCACGUGGACGGCUUUCAACUACGCGGGUCUCGGUGCGGUGGUGGGCCACGAGGUGAUGCACGGCUUCGACGCGCACGGCAGAGAGAGGGAUGCCAGCGGGGCGCUCCGGGACUGGUGGUCCGCCGACGUCCGCAAACGUUACGAGGACAAGGUGGCGUGCCUCCGGCGGGCCUACGACGUCGGCAGGUCGCGAGAGGCGCCGAAUUCGGCCGCUUUCGAAGACGAGGACGUCGCUGACUUCACAUCGCUCCGCGUCGUCCUGGGCGCCUACAGGCGUCGGGCGUUCCUCCAGCAGCGCGGGGUGUGGACGCCGGCGUCUUUCCUAGAGUACUCGGGCGAGCAGCUCUUCUACCUCAACUACUGCUUCAGGUUGUGCUCCGCAGAUCAAGACCGCGACCUGCUCGAGAGUCCGCGCGCGGAUUUCGCAACGGACGAAGACCGGUGCAACAUACCGCUGCGCCACCUGCAGGAGUUCGCAGACGCAUUCCGGUGCGCCAAGGGGGACCCCAUGGUGGCCGUGGACAAAUGUUCCUUCUGGGACCUGCCCGUGGAACAGUUCCGCAUGAACGAAGAUGCGAUGGCCGAGUCCCCGUGACAACGCUGGGGUAGCGUUAUCUCACUGGGGAACUGAUAAUUGCAAAACUAUACGCGA